ACAAACAAACAUGGCGGCUGCCAGUCCGACAGUCUCUGCUCUUCCUCCUAAAGUAGUGAUUAAAACCGAGCCUGAUUCGGAUGAGGAGAGCAGCCCGGAGCCGGAGGAUGUCCCGCAGCUCCGGGAGCCCGUGGUCCCGCUGCUGUCGCCUGUGUGCGGGCUCCAGCCGCUGCUCUGGUCCCAGGACCACAGACUGGCCGUGUCCACCACCAGCGCCGUGAGCGUGAUCGAGCUGCGCUGUGACAUCCACAACCCCCAACAACAACUCAGCCUGCACCGCACCUCCAUCAGCAUGAGCCAGGACGAGCACCGGCUGCAGGUGGGGUCUCCGAGGCAGCAGGAGGAAGCUUACACAAAGUUCUCUGCGCAUGAGGACCCUGUGAUCAAACAGGCGUACCUGGCCAACACCGUCAUGAACCCCAAGAUACAGCUGCCCAAAGGAGUCAAGUACGUGAGCUGGUCCCCGCUGGGCUGCGACACUAGGGGGUGCUGUCUCCUCGCCUGCUUAUCGCUCCAACACAGACUCACCGUUCACCAGAGCCACAAACAUCUGGAGUGGAACAUGCAGGUCGACCUCAGCAAGAAGUACGGCGCGAGGCUAAAGGAACGAGGCUACGCCAAAAAGGACAAUGAACCUCCAAAGGCCAGCUUACUGAACUUUGACGAACUGCAGAGGCGAUUCAGUAUGCAAACGCCUGUGAGAAUGGAGUGGUCCAGCAUCUACACUACCAAACAAGUUCUUCCCAACAACAUUUGCGAGGACACUGAAAUAAUUUUGCUCGCUGUUUUGAUGGAAAACGGCGAUCUGGUUUUGUGGAAAUUCAUGCUGCCAUUUACGAAUGAAGAGAACGUUGAAUUUUACGACAUAAUAGAAUCAGGAGUAGAUCGGCCGAGCGACUUGGCGUGGUGGGAAUACGAAAGCGGAAAUCGGCGAAUGAGCGGGCUAAUUAUUGGAAGCCAAACGGGACCGGUAAAGAUCAUGCCGGUUAGUUUAACAGGAAUAAAAGGGUACUUCACGCUGCGCCACCCUGUCGUCUUGUGGAAAGAAACGGACGAAAUCGCGGUGAAAAACAUCAAAUGUGUCUCCAUGACCCACCCCGUGCACAACGCAAGCUGUAGCCUCAUUGUAGCGUCGCGCGGUUGCUACGUUUUCUGGUGUCUGCUGAUGAUCUCCAAUGCCGGGCUGAACAUUCACAACUCGCACGUAGCGGGACUGUAUUCACUUCCGAUUGUUUCGCUCGCCGUAAGCCAACACCCGGUCACAAUCUACACCUGCUCGUCGGACGGUUGGAUUAAGCGCCUGACGCCAACUUUUACUCAGAAAAGUUUGUUUUUCAAGCAGGAGGACAUGGUUCGCACGGAGAACGUGGCGGGAAGACGCAUGCACGGGUUGGCGGUUAGUCACAACGGGGCGUACAUGGCCAUCGCCAGCACCCAAGGAAUGUGCCCCACAACAGGUCUUCAUCCGCUUGAAAGGACGUACAAGGUUCACUUCAUGGCUUUGAAAUCGGCGAAAAGCGCAGCCAAAUUAUUACUCAGCCCCCCUGUGCAAAGUUUGUACAGAAUGUCCGACCUCCUUGACGUCAUCCGGGUGCAGAUACUGGAAGAGAAAUGCAUUCCCACAGCUUUGCAACAAGAACUGGACAAAAGGAUCCAGGAGGAGGAUUUGACGUACUUGUGGAAGUUUAAGUUGUUUUUGGUGCGGGCUCUUCAUCUUUCGCUGCAGAGGCCGAAGGUCGGGGUGAGGUGGAGGCCCAUGCCAGAGGUCAGGAAGAGGCUGAUCUCAGAAGACGAGGGGGAAGAGGCGACGGAGCGAGAGGAAGAUAUACAGACGGAGGCAGAGACGCAGACGAACAGAGAGAGCCCAGGGGUCAAUAGAAAAAUCUUAUUAGAGAAAGAGGAGGACCUGGAGGAGCACAUGUCAGAGGUCCAGGCGUGGAUCAAUUCGGUGGAGACCCAUCUGAUGAGGGAGAACAUGAAGAGGGUCCUGGGGACGGUCUACCUCAAUACUAUAAUCACCCACAACACCAGGAUCCCCACCUGUGGCCUGAUGCAGUACCUGAGCACAGACAACCGCGACCGAGACGCAGAGGUCCUGAUCGGUCAUGUGAAGAAAAAGCUGUUCAAGCAGACGUUCCAGGAGUACUGCAGUCUGUGUGAGGAGGCGCUGCCCUUCGACGACUACAAGCAGGCCACCUGUGCCAACGGACACGUGUGGCCCAGGUGUGGGCUGUCAUACCAGGCUUGCCAGGCGGUGACGUUCAGACGGUGCCUCCUGUUGGAUAGCGUCUCCAGUCUGCCAGAGCCGGAGGAUCCGGUGUGGAUACAGAAGAUGCUGCAGGCUCCAUGUGCUUUCUGUGACUCCCCUCUCAUCUAAAGGUCAGAGGUCACGAGAAGGACCUCCGGGCGACCUCCAGGGCGUUUGGCUCCGAGGCUGCGUCCAACACCUCGACAGUUACUUUUAUAUCGUAUCUUGUUCACUUUUAUACUGUUGUUGUUGAAAAUGAGAAUAAAACAUGUUUGUGUAA